AUGAUUUUUCAGCGACGUUUCCACUCCCACGCUACCACGACGGUUGAAUCUCCUCCAACGCCUCCUCCAAAAAAUGGGGCUCCUCCACCAAAGACGCUUGAGGAGAUUCUUGCAAUAGUAGUGAGCCCACGUGCCCCGAAACCUCCCCCUCACGCAGUCGGUACUGUUGCCAGCAAUCCUUUGGUCGGCAAACAAACUCAGUUUCGAUCGGCAUCAAGCCCCGUGAGAGGCAACUUACCGAAGCGAACACCCAGUAGCAGAAAGACAGGCCACGCUACUAUACACACGGAUGCAAUAGAUGGCCAUGAUGCAUUCGAGAGCGAUGCAUUUGCUGUUCAUAUGCCGACGACACGCUUACCCAUCAUGGAAGCCCCGACGUCUCGGCAUAGACCAGCCAGGCCGAACAAGGCUCAGGCGGAAGCUGUUCAGACCUAUAAAGAGAAAGCGAAACAAGCACGGGAACGAAACAACAGCAUAGGUGUGCGUGUGCCACCCAAUAUUGCCUCAUACGACUACGCCUACGCAAGCACUUCUAAAAAUGACGCUUCAAUACCGACUGUGUUGAAGCCAUCCAUCAGCCAUCCGGCUCCAGCAGGCGCAUUCCCUGUCAGCCCGCCAGCGCAACAAGAAAAAUGGGCUGGAGAUGAACAGAAGCCUGAGUCAGUUAUAAAGACCAGCAAAGUCUCCAGCAAUACGUCAGUGUACCGCAAGCCCACUGUGCUCGGGGUUACAACUGCAGCGGCUGUUAUUAAAGAAAGUGUACAGUAUGUGUGUGCCGAUGUGAACGGAGGCGCUUCAAGGCCAACAUCGCCACCGAAGUCGACAACGGUCAAAGUUAGCAUGAAGCCCAAGAUCCCGACGAUCAAGGUCGAGACUUGCAAAGUCGAAAGCUGCCGAAGCGGAGGUUGUCAAGUCGAACACUGUCGCGGUAUGUACUAUCGGACACCACACCUUGAACCGCUAGUCACCUCUCGCUCUCCAAGUCCUACUAAGACUAUGCCAAACUUCACUCGCCAGUACUCAAUUGAGGGCGAUUCGAUUUUCGGCUACAAGAUCAAAGAUCCUUUGAGCACAUCGGCUGGCGCAAACAACUCUAGCUCUAGCGAGGACGAGAAAUCAAAGGUGACACCGAACAAGACGCAAGACACCUGCAAGCACACACUACCAAAACGAACGCUUACGGAUCGCUGGCCAUGGAUACGAAAGGGCACAGGUGCUGCUAUUGGCAAACCACCCAACGCUCCAGCACCAGACCCGCCUGCAAGAGCACCAACUUUCAGACGUCCCAUGUCGAUUUACGUAUCGCCUUUUGACUCAAUCACUGCGCCUCCGAGUACGCUUCCACCCACACGACCCACACCGCUCAGACCAGUGGCUACAGCAGCGGUAAAAGCAACAAGAACAGCAACGGCAACAGCGCCAACAACAAUCCACCCAGCAUCACCCAAAAAGCCAGCUCUCGUUCCCCGAGUUGCACCCACCUCAAAACCCGUUGCAUCCUCCACCUCCGCAAACUUCGACACCGACUUCGCGCAGAUCAAAGCUUUCUUUCUGCUCACCCUCAAGAUUUGCCUUGGUCUGUACGCCGUCGUCGCGCUGUGGUUCAUUCUCGACGCGAUCAGAGAGGCGUUGUGUGUAGUGACCGUUCCAUUUCGACUUCUGGGACACAUUGUCGGCUUUGUAUGGGCGAUUGUUGGUUUUUUUGGAAGGAGCUUGGGGAUGGCAGCCGGUGGUGCGGGUUGGAAGAUCAGAGUACUGGGGCGGUAA